AUGGCGGCCGGUCGCCAUUAUUGCGCUGCCUGGCGACGCAAACAGCCAACCGAUGAUAGGACUUUGAAAAGCAAUAUGGCGGCGAUUCUGACCCUGUUGAUUUUAGGUGUGUGCGCGGAGAUUGCUGAAGCGUCCAACUGUCAACCUGGAUCCCCUCCACGGAAUGGACUUCUGAGCUGUCGACAAGACGGAUCAACACUGGUCUGCCAUGCUACGUGUAACGACUGCUACAUGUUCCCAAACAAAGAAAAGGUUAUGACGUCAAAGUGUGACGUCAAUACCGGUCGAUGGGAGGGUGCCAGCACAUUUGAAGACUGUGCUAUUGAGUCAUGUUCGUGCUCCCUCCUCAGCAGCUCCUCCCCCGACACCACGAUGACAGCAUCGACGGUGUACCUCAACAGGUCAGAUAUUUUCGGACCAGAAUUAGCUCGUCUUUCAGCGACUCGAGGAAUCUGGCGGCCAGACAUUGAAGAUGUCGCUCAGUAUGUUCAGGUUAAUUUCAAAUCACUGCACAAGAUAACUGGCGUGGUAACCAAGGGAGACGGCCAUGAUGCCCACGUCAGCCUCUACCGGAUGUUGUUCAGCAUGGACGGGGUCACGUGGUUCCCCUAUACUGAUACCGUGAAAGAUAAGUUUUUCCAGGGUAACUCCGACAGCAGCCACAACCACACUGUGAGUCUCCCCUGCCCCCACAUAGCCCUAUAUGUCCGGAUCAACCCCCUCACGUGGCACCACCACAUUGCACUACACCUCGACCUGCUUGGAUGUCCUUACAUCAAACAAACAGUGAAGCCAGCCAAUGGUGCACUUUGUGAACCCAUGCUGCCACCGAAGCAUGGGAUGACGUCAUGUGAAAAACAAGGACAGACUGUGGUGUGUACCUUCACCUGUCAAAGGGGUUUCAUGUUUGAAACCAACAAACUGAAGAAACCGGUUGCCAUAAAACGCACGUGCGACAUGAGUGUUGGCCUUUAUGAUUAUGGUCCGGUGCCACGCUGUGUUGAGAGAGGACAGUCGGUAUCUUCCAACGCCAAUAUAACGGGAUUCUGUAUAGAGUCACUGGAAGAUUGCGAUGAACUCGGAAACGGAGAUUACCAAUUCUGCGGCGACUGCCACUUCUUUUGUACAUGCUCUGAGCACAUCUACUACGUCAGAGCGUGUCCCGCGCAACUCAAGUUCGACUCGAAGUCGCACCUGUGUGAUUUCUACAGCAGCACGUGCAAACGCACGGGUCGCCACGCCAUGUUACAAAACAAGACAGAUUAGAGAAAACCAAAAACAACACGUGCAUCAACUGAAGUCCGUGCAUCGCAUGAUAAAACAGAUUAACGUAUGUUGUUACACCGCAGCAAGUAAUAACGCAGUUUCCGGCAUUACCAAGCUGCCAUCCGUUCGUGACCAACUCGUGUUAUUCCGGGACAAGCCGAAUAGCGACUCGUGCCCCGCUCAUGGCUAUUUUUGCGACCGGGUUCCGUUUUAGCGCAAACGGGCAUACCUAAAACAA